AUGGCCGACGAAGCCUCAACGAACGAUCAGCAAAACCCUACGGUGGCCGUUGAUCCGGCACCCGAGGUCGCCAUGGAGAGCGCUGUCGCAACACCCACGGCUGCCGAAGGGGACCGCUCGGCCCUCGCCACCGGCACCGUGACGCCAGCGCUGUCCGACAUCCCGCUGAACCCAGAGCAGCGCAGCCUGUCGCUCAAGGUCUCGCUCGCCGACCUGAGCGCCAAGGCGACCGCGCUGUACGCGCACAAGAACUACGAGGAGGCCGCCGAGGUCUACGCCCAGGCCGCUGAGAUGCAGGCCGAGAUGAACGGCGAGAUGAGCCCUGAGAACGCCGAGAUCCUCUUCCUUUACGGCCGAAGUCUGUUCAAGGUCGGCCAGAGCAAGAGCGACGUGCUGGGCGGCAAGGCGCCUGAGCAACAAAAGAAGAAGGCCGCGGCGGGCGAGAAGAAGAAGGGGAAGGCAAAUGGAAGCGCCGUGAAGACAGAAACUGCUGAGGCAUCGGGCGCUGCAGCACAACCUGCUGCGGAGAAUGAGACUGAGAGAGUUGCCGAGGAGGCCGUUGCAAUUAUCGUCGAUGAAAAGGAGGGCGAGAAGAAGACUGAAGAGGGCGUCGAGGCGAAGAAGCCAUUGUUCCAAUUUACAGGAGACGAGAACUUUGAUGACUCCGACGAGGAGGAGCAGGGCGGCGAAGAGGAAGAAGGCGAAGGCGAGGACGAGGAAGAUGACGAUCUUGCCAUGGCAUUCGAAAUCUUAGACCUGGCUCGGGUUCUCUUCAACAAGAAACUCGAGGAAGGCACAGAAGCUGCUGCCGACGACAAGGGUAAGGAGAAGGCUGAAGGUGAUACCCCUGCGACGAAGCACAUCAAGGAGAGACUGGCAGAUACGCAUGACCUCCUAGCUGAGAUCUCUCUUGAGAACGAAAGAUACCCUAAUGCGAUCGUUGAUUCUCGAAAGUCUCUGGAGUACAAGAAGCAGUUGUAUCCCGAGGAGUCGGAGGUCAUUGCAGAGGCCCACUUCAAGCUGUCCCUUGCGCUUGAGUUCGCCUCAGUCACCAGCUCAUCUGAUGAGGAUGACAAGUCUGGCCCGCAGCCGGUUGACCAAGACCUACGUGAAGAAGCCGCGAAGGAGCUCGAGGCCGCUAUCGCAAGUACGAAGCUCAAGCUUCAGAACAAGGAGGUCGAGCUUGCGACUCUGCACUCCCCUGAGGACAACGACAUCACCAGAAAGCAAAUCGCUGAGGUUAAGGACAUCAUUGCUGAUAUGGAACAAAGACUUGUUGAUCUGCGCAAGCCGCCAAUCGAUGUCAAUGCAGCCCUUGCCGGCAGCGAUCCGAUGGGUGGCAUCCUCGGCGCUGCUCUAGGUGAGAGCGCUGCCCAGACCGAAGCCCGCAUCGAGGAGGCGAAGAAGACGGCGACGGAUCUCACCGGACUGGUGCGAAAGAAGGCCAAGGAGGAGCCAAAGCCGACUGCAGAGGAGGCGAAAACCAACGGCCACGAAUCUAAUGGCAAGCGAAAGGCCGAGGAGCCCGCUGAAGCCCCUGCAGAGACGAAGAAGGCUCGCGUCGAUGAGGCUCAGGAGGCAUGA